UAGGUUAACAGAUGGAGGAGGUAGGGGGGCACGUGGAACGCUCGUGAUUAUUGUGGGUGGGGAGUGCGAGAGAAUGUCCUGGAAUAAAGGAAGCAGAUGCGGUAAGGGGGCGGUCAAGUGGCUCACGUGAGCCUCGUGACGACACUCGUUUCUACCGGAGCGAAGGAUAUAAAAGAGUCCAAGUUUCCUCGACAUAAGAGUUCUUCAGCGGAACGAUCGGGGUCUAUUGACAAGACGAUAUCAACCAGACUAUGGGCGGGAAGAGGAGGAGGGAUAAACGUAAGUUGACAUACGUGCUCAUGGAGAGUGUUGUGGAGUAGGAAAUCAAAGCGACUACAGAAAAACACACCUGGGCAAUGGAGGAUUGGCGGCGGAUCAUCAAUACGCCACACACACAGCAUCCGAUGGAGAGGGAAGCCUAUGUUGCUAAAAAAAAAAAGAACGAUGCUGCUCUACACUACCACUCGUUAAUCACAAACCACAUCUUUCAAAUCCUUCUAUUCUUCACGUUUCCCGCUGACAUCUUUAACCUGCGUCACUACCGUAAAUCUCUCUCCUCCACUACCACGCCCUUUCAAUACUCACUACUAAGAGCUUUCUUCCCUCUCUCGCCAUUGGAUUUUUUUUUUUUUUUUCAAGAAAUGCGUUGCUCUCCACCCCCCAAACCCCCCGCCAUGUGCUUGUUCACUGCCCAAGGUUUCAACCACGCCCCGAGCUUUCAAUCAACGCGCUUAAGAUGGUUUUGCUAUCCACCUCCCAUUGGACAGUUUUCCGGCCAGUUUGCCUCUCCCCAUGUAUUCGUCGAGUGUCAUCGUGCCAACCACACCCGAGAACUGGACAGAAGAAGAUUGAAGGACGGAUUUUGAUGUCCAUCUCGCUUGUUGACGUUUCCUGGUGGGCGGAGGAGGAGGGGGAGGGAGGUUUUAUAGCUAGAGACGAAGAGGGAGGAAGGGAGGAGGAUGGUCACGCGA